AACGGGCGGGCGCGUUGUUGAGCGGUGGGUGAGAAGCGCGAGCGGGUGGCUGCCUGAGGGGGUCUGGGGAGGCGAAGGGGAAAGGCAAGCAGGCCGGCUGGCGAGGAGGCGGAGGAAACGGUUGUUUCGGCUUUCGGCUCUCCGCCGCCAUGAGUUCCAUCGGCACCGGGGUGAGUGUCCCCUGAGGGGAAAGGGAAGCAGCAGCAGGCGGCGGCGGGGGAGCGCUGUCUCUGGGCGAAGCCCCUGAGGGGCUCGGGGGGCUCGGAAUGCGGGCGAGGCAGGAACAAAGGGCGGCCUUCUUUCCCCUCAGCGGACUCUAUCGCGGAAGAGGGUCUGUGAGGAGAGGCGUGUGACGUCACACGCGCGCGCGGGGUGGGAGACACUGUGCUCCUGCUGCUGAGUCACUUUGGGGAAACCGAAAGCAAAAGGCCUUUGGGGGAGAAGCUGGGAGAGGAGGGGAAACGUGGAACUUGAUUAAAAGAUGUGCAUCCUUUAAAUCAAGGGUCAGCAAACUUUUUCAGCAGGGGGCCGGUCCACUGUCCCUCAGACCCUGUGGAGGGCCAGACUGUAUUUUGGAAAAAAAGAAGAAUGAAUUCCUAUACCCCAGAGAUGCAUUUUAAAUAAAAGCACACAUUCUACUCAUGUGAAAACACCAGGCAGGCCCCACAAAUAACCCAGAGAUGCAUUUUAAAUAAAAGCACUCAUUCUACUCAAGUAAAAACACCAGGCAGGCCCCACAAAUAACCCAGAGAUGCAUUUUAAAUAAAAGCACUCAUUCUACUCAAGUAAAAACACCAGGCAGGCCCCACAAAUAACCCAGAGAUGCAUUUUAAAUAAAAGCACUCAUUCUACUCAAGUAAAAACACCAGGCAGGUCCCACAAAUAACCCAGAGAUGCAUUUUAAAUAAAAGGACACAUUCUACUCAAGUAAAAACACUGAUUCCUGGACCGCAGGCCGGAUUGAGCAAGCAAUUGGGCUGGAUCUGGCCCCCAGGCCUUAGUUUGCCUACCCAUGCUUUAAAUUAGCGGCAGGGAGACUCUCUGGUCUGUGGGCCAGUGUUCCCCUGGCAAGGGUCUAAUUUGGCCCACUAAGUCCAACCCCCCCCCCACCAAAUGCCAACCUGCUCCAUACAAAAUGUCAUAUCGUUUUAUGGAUUAUAAAUGUUUAUAUCAUAGGGCUUAACGCUAUAAUUGAGAUGUUUAGCCUAUUUCUUAGUUGCUGCUUUGCUAAGUGUUUUAUAGAUUGUAAUUGUUUUAUUGAUGUUUCGUUGAUUAUGAUUUAUGCUGUUCUUGUGAUGUUUUGUUAUGUUGUUGUUUCUUUGUAAGCCGCUUUGGGAUUCAUGUCUUCGGAAAGAGGCACAGAAAUAUAAUCAAACUUGUAUGCACAAGACCUUGUGUGGAGUAAUUAAAAUUACUAUUGUCAUCAUCAAUUUAUAAACCGCUUAAUCACAAAUGUCUUUAAAUGGUGUACCAAAAAAACCCUCGAUGAACAUAAAAAUCAGAAGUCAGGUAAAACUUCCCUGGAUUUUUUUUUUUAAAUUUAAGUAUUUGGGAAGUUCAACAGGGAGGGGGGCUGUCUGACAUCAACCAGGAGCUUUAAAGUGCUCAUUUGAUUGUUUCCUGGCAAGCCGGGUGCCUUUUAAGUUCCGAUUGGGCACCUCAAAGUACAACUGAUCCCUGCAGAAAAUGCAGGUUGCAAAUGGCAACAUCAGCUAUAACACCUGGGAUUGGUCACUUUGGCAGAGUUCCUAAUCAAGGGUACUGGACUGCAGUCUAUCCUGGCCAAAAGCAGGGGUUGCCUUUGGUGCUGAUCAGUGCUGACACAACCCUUACCCAGAACUGUUUUAAGAAUAGGAAAGUAGAUGGCUAACCUGUUAAGUAUAUUUUUGUAUUUUAUAUAACGUUAAAGGAUCAUUAAGGAUCUGGCUUUCUUGAAGUGGUGGAAACGUACCAAACUGUGGGGUGGUCUACACAUGGGUUGCUUGGAGGCAGUGGGUGGCGCUGUAGUCUAAACCAUUGAGCUUCUUGGUGAGCUCCUUUGCUCUGCCCCAGCUCAUGCCAACCUAGCAGUUCGAAAGCAUACCUGUGCAAGUAGAUAAAUAAGUACUGCUGCAGUGGGAAGGUACUGGCACAUGCGCUCUGGCACUAAGAUUUGUUUGGCCUCCCCACCCCAUUGAGCUAUAAAGUCAUGAGGACCAAUCUAUGUCAUGGUGUGAUGUGCAAACUCUGCCACUGUCUCAAACUUUAAGCAAGCUUUCAUUAGAACAGACUUUGUCUACUGCUGCAAACUUCAAUGUUUAGCACUGCAAUUCUUUCUUAGAAGCUUGUACAUUAGCUUUUAGGCUGGGCCAGCCAGAGGCCUAUGGGCUUAAGAAAAAUACCUGAAAUAAUGACCUGGAUUUUCCAUUGUAUAAUGUGCGAAAUGGUCUUUUAAGAUGAAAAGUUGAAACAGAAGAAAGUCACUGCAGUUCUUGAUUGGCCAGGAGAGGUAGCUGUUGACUCGUCCAAGUCACUGUGAAGUUUCUACACCUGGUACCAAGAACCAAAUUAGCUCCGCAGAAGAAAAAGAGAAUGGAGCUCACAAAGGCAACAAUACAUGCAUAUUAUAAAUAUAAUUAAUUAAAACAAAAUGCAUUUAUUUCCAAAUACCAAAACCCAGGAGGCAGCCUUACUCACCUGAAAACCCUGUGUUUGUAUGCAUUGUGGCAUAAACUAUAGCAUAGGCUGGUUGGUAAAAUGUUGGUGGUCUGCUAUCAUGCUUGCUGAAGACGGGUGAACAGACAAUAUAUUUAUUUUGUCACCCAAUAAUUGAUAGGUCUCAAACAAAGGAGGAAUAAACACCCUUCAAACAAAUGCCUGAUUUCUGUACUAUACUGUGAAGUGUCUAAGAUGACAACUGAGGUAUUUGCCUCAGUGAUUCUCUUAAGACUGAAAUUAGGCCUUGGGCUGCAGCAGAAAACAGCAGCCCCAUACUGCCUGCUUUUCUUCCCUGUAAUGUCAGAUGCAGACCAGUGUUAUUGCACUGCAAGUUUUCACUCUGCUUCAGGAACUCACUUUUGUGGUGAUGGGGUUCUUGAAGCAUGAGGUGAUGCAAACUGUCCAAUGUGACUAGAUGUUAAUGUAGAGCAGCUUGUUGUGCUUCCCUGGCUGUACUGGAAGGCUAUUGGUAACAGUACAGUGUGGAUUGUUUUAAUAAAAUCAACGUAGUUUAUAAAUGACAACAUGAGAAGACACAACUUAAAUCAUUUUUUUGAAUUGGCAUUUUCAGAUAUUUACUAAAUAUACAAAGUACCGUAUUUUUCGCCCUAUAGGACGCACUUUUCCCCCUCCAAAAAUGAAGGGGAAGUGUGUGUGCGUCCUAUGGGGCGAAAGCAGGCUUUCCUGAAGCCUGGAGAGCGAGAGGGGUCGGUGCGCACCGACCCCUCUCGCUCUCCAGGCUUCAGGAAGCUAUCCGCAAGCCUUCGGAGCGCGGUGGGAGUGCCCACCACGCUCCGAAGGCUUGCGGAUUGCAGCCCGAAGCCCGGGGAGCGCUGCGCAGCGCACCCCGGGCUUCAUGCAGAUAUCAGGCAGCCCCACAAGCUCGGGGGACAGCGGGGAGGCGCAGCGCCGCCAUCCCGCUGUUCCCCGACCUGGUUUGGAGGCUGGUGGGGGGGAGAAGCGCGCUUCUCCGCACUGCCAGCCCCACAGGCUCGGGGGACAGAUAUCCGCAAGCCUGGGGACACCGGCGCGACUUCCCGCCGGGCUCCCUAGGCUUGCGGAUAGCAGACUGUUCUGGGGGCUGGGGUCGGGGGAAGCUCGGGCAUAAUUACCCCCCCUUUAUUUCCCCCCCAAAAAACUAGGUGCGUCCUAUGGGGCGAAAAAUACGGUAUGUAAUGAAUUGCUUGAAUUAUAUAUUGUGCCACUUCUAAGGGUAUGUCCCCCCCCCCCCCAAUAUAUAAAAUGCUUUGCAGAUUCAGAAAAUAGUGCACGGUAAGUGCACUUAAUAAUUAUUGCUUGCUCUUAAUUUAUGUGAGAGUUACAACAAAAAAUUAGUUACACAAAACAUACGUUCUAUUUUUAUGUCAAACAUGAAUAUUUAUUUGGUUCAGUAUGCAUAUAUUUCAAACAUCUUUUUCUUUCUCUUUCCAACAUUUGUAGAGAGCCUACAAAUGUUAAACUGAUGGUCAGACCCAGCAAUUGUUAGCUACAUAGGAGCUUAGUUCUCUAAGGCUGCAACCCUAAUUUUGAACUGUGUGGGACUCAGUGCUCAGUAAAUGUGCUUGGAAUUAGAAGUUGGCUUUCUAUAGGCCGUUGCCCCCAGAUUUUCAAUUAUUGGGCAGAAUGAUUUCUUCUAUUAUUGCAUUUGUUUCAUGUGUAAAUCAUAAAAUACAUAGUUUUAACUGAUUUUUAUUCUGUAGUCUAUCUAUUGUAGUUAAGCAGUAUAUAUGUUGUUUAAAUUACCGUAUUUUUCGCUCUAUAAGACGCACCAGACCACAAGAUGCACCUAGUUUUUGGAGGAGGAAAACAAGAAAAAAUAUAUUCUGAAUCUCAGAAGCCAGAACAGCAAACGGGAUUGCUACGCAGUGAAAGCAACAAUCACUCUUGCUCUUCUGGCCUCUGGGAUAGUUGUGCAGCCUGCAUUCGCUCCAUAAGACGCACACACAUUUCCCCUUACUUUUUAGGAGGGAAAAAGUGAGUCUUAUAGAGCAAAAAAUACGGUAAAUAAAACAAAUAUUUAUAGUUUGAGAAAUGUGCAAAUUUAGAGAUUGUUUUUAUAGUAGGAGAGCAACACACCUUAUUUAUACAGCAUACAGCGGGUAUGCAGUGAAAUUGACUAAGGAAUCCCAGUUCCACUGCCACUUGCUGUUCUUUGAAAAAAAGCUACAAAUGUAUGCUUCUCUUUUGCAGUAUGACUUGUCAGCAUCUACAUUUUCUCCAGAUGGCAGAGUGUUUCAAGUAGAAUAUGCUAUGAAAGCUGUGGAGAAUAGCAGGUAAGAGUAAGACCUGUUAUUUAUUUAUUUAUUUAUUUAUUUAAAAAACCCUUUUUUUAAAUGAACGAAACCCUGAUAUAAAACUUAAUGUUAAAAAGAACACUUUUGCAGAGACUAAACAGUAGAAUUUACAAAUGAAAUUGCUUUAUACUGCAUCAUACCACUAGACAAUAUACCCCAGUAUAGCCUCCUUUGACUGGCAGUGGAUUCCCUUUAGUGGGUUGGGAGGUUUCCAGCUCACAGGCCUAAUUAGGCCUGGCAUGUGGUCCCUGAGACAAUCGUCCACAAAUGGUGACCCUCUGCUAUCAUGUAUGAUGGGUAUAAGCAGGUAAGAACACAGAUCCAAGGCAAUAAUUGGCUGAAAAUGAGUGCUAUUUGUGCAAGCCCUGCUUUGUUCGCAACACAUUUUGAACCUUAACUGCACCCACAAAUGAACUUCAGAAGGGCUUGCUGCAGCAGCUGAUUGGCAAUUACACUGAGCACCUCUGACGUUGUCAUCGUGACAUUACUCUGACAUGUGAUUGAUAGGUCAAAGUUGAUCUACGGGGCGUGCAGUACUGAAAGAUCCAGCCCACUAGCCAUGUACACUUCCCCACUCCUGGUUGUAUAGCGUCAGACAAACAUAUUUUCUAUUACAUGCUGCUACCUGGUUCUGCAUGCAAAGUAUGGGUUUCUCCACAGAACUGCAGGUCCUUUUAUUUGCCCAAGAGGCUCAGUGGUUUUGACCACAGCGCCACCUGUGUCCCCCAUAGUCACCUUUAACUGGACUACACCAUCCAGUGGUUCUUUACCUACCUUUACCUGCUUUUAUUUGUAUGUGUUCUGACCUCUUGAAUUCUGUGAACUCAUUCUUGUACCUUGCUUACUUGGGAGUAAGUCCCAUUUGGAAGUGACAUCAUUAAGUGAAGUUGGGUUUUAGCCUUACAGCCUGCCAUCAUGCAUUUUUACUCAGAGGUAAGUCACAAUGUGAAGCCUCUGUUUUCAUUAAAAUCAACCAAUGUUUUGCUCUUAACCUCUGUGGGAACAGGAUUGCUGCUUUUUCAUUGUUCCACCUUGGCAGAUACAUGAUGUGAUAGCAGCUAGUCAAACUAAUUUCAGUCAAAUCUACUUUCAUCUAAAGCCCAGUCUGUGCAUGUUUCCUCAGAGAUACUUACUCACAUGGAAGUGUGCCUAGGACUGCAGCUGACAGCUAUAAAAUUCAUUUGGUUCGAUGAUUUUUUCAAAAGUUGCAUGAUGGCGUAAAACUUUAGCUUUAAAAAGUUUGGAUAUUGUUGAAAUCAGUGUAUACACAUAUGAUUUUCUUAGAAAAUCAAUGUCUUUGAAAUGUAUUGUUUCAUUCAGGCUAUAUUUUCAUGCCAUAAGGAGGAAGCUUUUUUAAAACAGUGCAGUGAGGUUGCACAUAGUAGGCAAGCUAACACAGGCUGCAUUGGUGGUUCAAAAUGUUAGUGCUAUACAGUACUAAGUUGAAGUUCUGUCAAAAUGGAUAGGAUUCAAGUAAUGUGUCCCAUCAGUGGAAGCCCUGCUCCAGGACUUCAGCUUGUUUAACCAGGCUUUCCCUCUUUCCUCUGCUUGUGCCCCCACCCUAUUAGCUCUGUGGGAGUUGUUUGAACCCCCAGAACAGUGGGGGGGGGGUAAUGAGAGGGUUGGGUGUUCUGACUGGAAAGUCAACGUGUGUGACCUAGCAGAACUCUAAUUGCCUUAGCUUGAUGUUGAAUUCCUCCCACAGUACAUGUGUAUGUUUUCUCGACUAUAUUUGAUAGUGCAGUGGUACCUCGGGUUACAGACGCUUCAGGUUACAGACGCUUCAGGUUACAGACUCUGCUAACCCAGAAAUAGUACCUCGGGUUAAGAACUUUGCUUCAGGAUGAGAACAGAAAUCGUGCAGCGGCGGUGUGGCAGCAGCAGUAGGCCCCAUUAGCUAAAGUGGUGCUUCAAGUUAAGAACAGUUUCAGGUUAAGAACAGAGCUCCAGAACGAAUUAAGUACGUAACCAGAGGUACCACUGUAGUAGCUUUUUAUCUUGAUCCAGUACUGUCCUAAAAAGAUGAAAAUUUGAAUAAAUACUAAAACCGUAAUAUUUUAGUUCCAAAGCCAUAUAAUAUACCUUGUGGUUCUCUUAUAAGCGUCGUGUGCAGGCCUUUCCUGAACUGGCCUAGUUUUCAUCAAUUGCAGAUACCAUUUAUUGUAGAUUAGUCAUGUUGUUUGUUUUUUAAUUAGGUUGGUUUUUAAUUGAUGUUUUAAAAAGAAUUGUUAACCUGUUUUUCCUAGAGCACCUUCUGAUUGAAAAUUCAACUGAAAAAUCCUAGCAAGAAAUACUUUUAACUGAUUACUGUAUCGUAACUUUUUUUUCAGUACAGCAAUUGGGAUACGGUGUAAAGAUGGUGUAGUCUUUGGAGUCGAAAAAUUAGUUCUGUCCAAACUGUACGAAGAAGGAUCCAAUAAACGCCUCUUUAAUGUCGAUCGACAUGUUGGAAUGGUGAGUUGGUCCUCAGUAUCUUAGAGCAUUCAUUGCCGUUUAGCAUGUGCUGAGGCUUAUCCCCCUGUCAAAUGGCCUCUUGGAUAAGCCACUGGUAACUUUUAGCUUGUAACCAGGAAGGAAAGCUGGAGGCGUCAACUUGCAAGGGUGGAAAUGCUAGUUUGACCAGUUCUGGAAACAUGUGCCUGGCAAUCAUGUGUCUGUUGUAAAGGAUAAUGCCAGAGAGAUACACGGGGAGUGUGGUAUGUUGACUCAAAUUUCUGUUUUGAUUUUUGUUGUAAGAUGGCUGAUGUUUAUUUCAGGCAGUUGCAGGACUCCUGGCUGAUGCACGUUCUUUGGCUGACAUAGCAAGGGAAGAAGCUUCUAACUUCAGAUCCAACUAUGGCUAUAAUAUUCCAUUGAAAGUAAGGGGCUUUGUUUCUUUUUGCUUCUAUCCGUAUGCAACUUAUCAAAAGCACAGCAUGCUUCAGAUGCUUUGCAGGAAACUUAUUUAAAAAUAUUUCCAGUGCUCUUACCAUUCUUCUUUCUUCCCUCCUCCCCAACAGCAUCUUGCAGACAGAGUGGCUAUGUAUGUACACGCCUAUACUCUGUACAGUGCUGUCAGACCUUUUGGUUGCAGGUAAGAGCUUUUAUUCAUUCAUACUGCAAUUCACAACACACUUGCCAACCAGAGCUCAGACCAGAUAGUUACUUAAAAUGUGUGUUUGUAUAUGAGAAAAAUACAUUUGUAAAACACAAUUUAAAAGCCUUUAUCUCUGAGUGCUAAAUGCACAAACAAGGGUAAUAAUCAAGUGAAGAUGCUCUGCUGGAUUCUUGCAAGUUUCAGAAGGCAAGAUCUCCAGAUCUAAGGAAUGCACUCUUGCUGCUUGAACUUGGAAAUCUGGAUUGCUUACUUAACACAGCCUCUUAAAAAAUCCACCAAGACUGCUUAAGAGUGAAAAAGAAAAGGAAGACAUCAGCCAAAAGGGGAGGGGCAAGGAGGGAGGCAGGAAAAACACAACCUGGUGCUAGAUGGAGAGUUUAGGCAGGCAUGUUUUGACAGAGUCCUUCCUCAAGGGAAAAUAAUUAAGUUCUGCUUUCAAAAAGGUGCGUCCUCUGGGUUCUGUUGGAUUAUAUUCAAAAUGUGUCGCGGUGUGUUUUAUCCAAAUUCUUUCCUAUCAGCAUUACUAAGAAUAUUCAGUGGCUUGGAUCCAGACCUACUGUUCCACUCUUUCUGUUUGUGUGCAUUGGAUCCAACUGAAACUCCUCCUGGAUGGAGAUAUUUUUUUGGAUGACUCUUUUGAAGCUUCUCUGAAAGUCUCUUUUGGCUGAAGAGCAGGUUUUUUUUUUUAAGGCUUUAAAAAUGAUUACUGCCCAGUUUCUUCUCUCACAUUAUUUUUGAGGGCUUGCCAACCUUCCAGAGCAGACUUUUGGAGGCAUUGAGGGACUGCAUGGUGAGGGGAAUUGUCAGAAAAUGCCUAUCUUUCCUCUGCCCAAGGGAGCAUUCAGUUAGCAGAGUUCCACUCCAUGCAAUUCUGGAUCCACAUCCAACCCAAUAUACCCACAGUUCACUAGUAAGAAUAGGUUAAAUCCUAUUCUAGAGGUCCCAGGCCCUAAGGAAGUUAGAUUAGCCUCAACCAGAGCCAGGGCCUUCUCAACACUGGCUCCGGCCUGGUGGAACGCUCUGUCUCAUGAGACCAGGGCCCUGCGGGAUCUGAUUUCUUUCCGCAGGGCCUGUAAGACAGAGUUGUUCCACCUGGCCUACGGCUUAGAAUCAGUUUGAUUCCCCCCCCCCCCUUUCUUUUUCCUUUCUCCUUCUAUGAAGAGGCUGCAUUCUAAUGUUUUAAUGUUGUAUUUUAAUCUUUUUAAAUUGUAUUUUAAUCAACUUGUUUUUAUUAUUGGUUGUUAGCUGCCCUGAGCCCGGUCUUGGCUGGGGUAUAAAUAAAAAAAUUAUUAUUAUUAUUAUUAUUAUUAUUAUUAUUAUUAUUAUUAUUCUCCUCUCCUCAGUAUGUGACCUAGAAGUAUAUUCCUACCUUAUUUAAAUUAGCUGAAUAAAAAGGAUUGCCCUUAUAAUUUCUGAUUUGGAAUAACAAAUAUUGGACAUCUUAAUCUUUCUAUUAAUUUUCUGGGUAUGCUAGAAGCUAAAAAAUUUUGGGAAUCUUAACAAGUAUCCAUGGGUCAGCAAAACAUACCUUAAGAACAUCCCAUGUUCUUAAGCAACCAUUCUCAGCUUGACAUAGUCCACAUGUAAUAAUUUGGGAAGAUAUUUGCUACAAACAGAGCUUUUCCAGUAAGUGUUAUCUGAGUGAAGGGAAGUGUGGCAGAACUAUAUUUACCAUUUGGCAAGGUGAUGCCUAUGGUAGGCAAGUUAUAGUAGUUAAAUAUGAACCCAAUGGUACAUUACAAAAUAGGGUGGCAAGUACAGAAGUUUCCCAGUUGUGCAGCUGAUUUCAGUGAAACUUUCCCAAAUUGCUUACUUGGAAGUAGGCCUCAUUGAGCUCAGUGGUACUUCCCAUUAAGUGUUUGUAGGAUUGCAGACCUUUUGUCAUUUAUUCUCUGUCUGGCAGUUCUUCAACAAAAUCUUUCACAUUUCCAGCUUCAUGUUGGGUUCCUAUGAUGGUGAUGAUGAAGGCGCUCAGCUAUACAUGAUAGACCCAUCAGGCGUUUCAUACGUGAGUUAAAUCUUCAUAGGUGGGGAACAGUUAGUAGAUAGGCAGUUGUGAGACUCUUGCUCAUCCACUGAAGUCCUUUAGUUUAAAGUGAUUGGGGCAGCAGGGAGCAGCUGGCGGUUGGUAUUGGGCUGCUUACUGAUCCCUAGUCCAGAAGAUCACCAGAUGUUCAGUAUACAGUCAUACCUUGGGUUGAAUACGCUUUGAGUUGAGCGUGUUUAAGUUGCACUCCAUGGCAACCGGGAAGUAAUGGAGUGCGUUACUUCUGGGUUUCGCCACAUGCGCAGACGCUCAAAAUGACGUCAUGCGCAGAAGCGGCAAAAAGCGACAUGCACGUGUGCAGACGUGCUGUCGCUAGUUACGUUUGCUUCUAGAUGCGAACGGGGCUCCAGAACGGAUCCCGCUCGUAUCUAGAGGUACCACUGUACUUGUGCAGGUCUCUGGAAUGGGACUGACACAGUAUGAACUUCGUCUGAAUUAAGGUUAGGACUGCACUGCUGUUUGAUAAGGCACAUGCAUGCAUUUGUUUGUGACAUGUAAAACGUUUGCAAUAAUUACAGAUAUUGUUUGGUUUAAAGUUGUUCCUGUUGCAUUUACAGGGUUAUUGGGGAUGUGCCAUUGGAAAAGCAAGACAAGCUGCAAAGACAGAGAUUGAAAAACUCCAGGUAAGGCAUUGCCUUAUGACUUAGCUUUUAAACAAACAUCCUAGGUGUGUCUGAAACAAUUUUUCCACAGGGCAGGAAUUUUUUUGGCUUAUUAAUCCAGGUAUCUAGAAGUGUUGCCUUCUCAGUAAAAUACUGGACUGCUGCCACCAGUUCAAACUUGACCUUCCAAGAGCUUUGUGAAUAACAAAGGAUGUGUGUAGAUACAAUCUCAGUUCUUCAGGAAUUAGAUUGGUGCAGAAAUGAGCUUCCUGAGAAUCUAGGUAGAAUUUAUUUCACACUUAACUAUAGUGCAUUGGGUUUGUGAGUUUUAUUUGAGAACACAGUACACACAAUAGUAUGUGAUUAAAAUGCUCACUGUAUUUGUAUGUCCACAGAUGAAAGAUAUGACUUGCCGUGAUGUUGUUAAAGAAGUUGCAAAAAUGUAAGUUUCUUACAAUGUUGGUUUGGGUUGAUUCACUGGGGCAGUUCUUAUAUUGAUUUGUCUUUGGAUGAUGGGCUGGGAUCCAGCAGUUCAGAUAAAAUGGACUUUCUGUUUACAUCCAUAUUAUGACCCUAUUUGAUUUCAAACUACUUUAAGGCUAUGCAUUUCAUACUCAUAAUUUCAUAUUUUUGUGUGAAAGUCUACAUAGCUAAGGGAUUAAUUAUAUAGAUGUUGAAAGUGUGAGUGAACUUUCUAUUUGGAGGGUGGAUUCAACUUUUGAUAGGUGAUCGAUUUCACGUGUAAUGCUAAACCAAAAUCCUGGCUUAUUGCUUCACUCCUCCCUUGCUGAAAGCUCCCAUCUAAUCCUGACUUGUUUACAAGCCAUUGGAAGCUAUGUUUCAAGUGCUGAAUCCUGGCUUAUUUUACUGCUUGUGCAAAGGGAGGUAUGAAGAGGCAAUUGUGUACAGCUUUCUUUAAACACUAACAUCAAAUUAAAUCAUGUCAAAUAAUUCUGAAAGAGGACCCUUUUAGAAGCAUUUUAUCUCCAGUAAGUAACAAAAGAGCCAGUUUACAUGUGAUUUUUAGGUGUCCUGAAAUUGUGACAUGCAUGUUUCUGAGUAUAUGCUCUCUUCUGAAUGUAUGUAAAAACUGUUUACUAUUGAGUUCCUCCCGUCCCAAAGCUGUAAGUGGGUUCCUACUAUACUUCUUGAGAGAUACUUGGAGUAACUACUUUUUCUGUGUUUAUUUUUUCUAGAAUCUACAUAGUCCAUGAUGAAGUAAAAGACAAAGCUUUUGAACUUGAACUCAGUUGGGUUGGAGAAAGUAAUGUAUCGUUCAAAUCUUCUCUUCCUUCAUUACUGUUUGCUGCUUUAUGAAAAUAGUUAUUUUUGUAACUUGCUGUGAUUUAUCUUUAAUUAACAGCAUAGCUAAGGGAUGCGGGUGGCACUUUGGGUUAAACCACAGAGCCUAGGACUUGCUGAUCAGAAGGUCGGCGGUUCGAAUCCCCGCAACGGGGUGAGCUCCCAUUGCUCGGUCCCUGCUCCUGCCAACCUAGCAGUUCGAAAGCACGUAAAAAUGCAAGUAGAUAAAUAGGUACCGCUCCGGCGGGAAGGUAAACGGCGUUUCUGUGCGCUGCUCUGGUUCGCCAGAAGCUGCUUAGUCAUGCUGGCCACAUGACCCGAAAGCUGUACGCCGGCUCCCUCGGCCCAUAGAGUGAGAUGAGCGCCGCCAGCCUCCAACUCGCACCAGCCGUGACUAUUGGCAGGGGUUGUUGGAGGCCAACAACAUCUUUCGGGUCUCUGGUUCCCCACCCUUGACUUAAAAUUGAAGACAUGUGCCCUUGUAUGGGGGUACAUAAUCUAAAUACCAUGGCUGUAUACAACAAGUCUGCUCAGGAGUAGAUCCAUUGAAAUCAGAAGCCGUGACUUAAGUCUGUUGGUUUUAAUGAGUCUACUGUAUGACUAUAGCCCAUACUGUUUUUCAGAUAACAGUACCACAAAAUGAGUUUGUGGCACAUUUGUAUAUGACGUUGCCUUUGCUUCAAACUUAGAAGAUAGGUUUGCAUUCUAAAAAAAUAAAAUAAACAUUUCCUCUUUAAUUCAUAGUAACCAAGGGAAAACAUGAAAUUGUCCCAAAAGACAUUAAGGAAGAAGCAGAGAAAUACGCUAAGGUAAGUGCUGGAACAUCAUACAUUGGUACAUCUUGCUCAGUAGUCUAUUCCAGCUGGCAGUAGCUGUCCAGAUUUCAGGCGGGGAAUGGUCCCAGCCCUGCCUGGAUGUGCCAGCGAUUGAAAUGGGGACCUUCUGCUUACAUUCCUGGGAGGAAAACAUCUCUUCCAAUUCCUCUUAAGUAAUUUUGGUUUACAAAAGAUAAUCUGGUCCAUAAAUAUUAAAAUACCAGUUACCUUUAAGUGGAGAAGUGAUGAUGCAGGCUGCUGUAGAAUUUGUGUACUUUUAUGUAAAGUAGGUAUAAAAUGUCAGCUAUUUUAAUUCCACAAAUAGUGCACACAGCUAGAUUCCUGGUGUAUGUAUAACAUGUGGGGUGCUGUCUGUUAGCACGGAAGCAGUAGGACCUGAUCUUUUCUCUUUAUUUCUACAGGAAUCUCUGAAAGAAGAAGAUGAAUCAGAUGAUGAAAAUAUGUAACACAUUGUUACUUUAAAACAAAUGUUUUAAUCUGUACCACAGGCCUGUGUAUGUAUUUGACAUGAUGUAUGUUCUGGAAGACUUUUGAGUGACCAACUUGCACUAAAAAAAAUUCCAAUUACUGUUUAUAUUUGAGUAUCAAUUAUUUUUCCAAAGGCUAGGACAGGGUAACUGUACAGUGAGAGCAAGGGCUUGAUGGAGAAACGUAAUGAAAACAGGAAGAUAUUCCUGACUAGGAGCCAAAGAAACUUUGUGCACUGAUGAGGAUCUUUUCCCUCCUCGGUGCUACAUAGCAAACCCUUUUGAAAUUUCCAAAAGCAACUUGGUUGUUGCAUGGGUGGUGGUGUGGAGAAAGUAUGUUGUUGAAAGAAAAAAGUUUAAAAUCACAUUGAGCACGCUGAUGUAGCAUGCUAGAUCGCACCCACUACUAAGAGAACUACACUCCCCAGCCCUGUUGAAUCCAGGUCUUAAAGAAAUGGUAAAACACCUGCUCCCUCCUGUCAGAAGGUAGCAGCCCAGAUACCUGGUCAUACAAAGAAUAUCAGGGCUGUAUCCUACAACUGGACAAGUUUAUGAUUCAACCUCCGUACCUAGCAGUCCAAUCUUCCUGUUGUCUGGAUUGGAUUAUAGUAAAUAUGAUUACUGCUGCUUUGAGAUGCAGUUUGUAAAAAGCUUGUGUAAAGCAUGAACAGUACGUAUCUGUCUGAAAAGUAAUAUAUAUAGUAAGGUGUCACACUCAAGCUUUAUCUUUCCUCUUCCAAUUCAGGAGGUGGGAUGGCUUGAGGGCAAAUAGUGAGCCUGAAGCUUGGUCAUGCUUGAAUAGAGGAGAUCUGACUAAUGCUGUUGGAUAUUGAUAUGUGGCUUCAUGUAACAGAGUGGUGGUUGUGAAAACAUAAUCUGAGCCCUAGUUGGGAGAAGAAAAUUGUUGCAGUAUUUUGUGUAGUGCUGUGCUUUAGUGUGGUGAUCACUUUUAACUAAUUUUUGCAGUGGCUGGAAAAUGCUAUGGUUUUACAGUGAGAUUUUCACACCGGAUUCUUAAGAGAGAAACCAAAACUUUGUGCUCAGAUGAGAUUGCUGUUGUUCAGAAACUACUUAACUUUCCAAUUUAUUGCACUUGUUUAGAUGGCAAUGCUUACACAAGGAUGCUUGUAUGAAAAAAAUAUUUUUUUUUACCUCAGAACCCUCCAGGGCAAAUUUGGGAGAAGCCUAGCAUUUCCUGUCCAGAAAGUUGUUUUCAGCCCAUAGUCAGCACAUUAAGCCACCAUUUCACCCACUUUUGAUUAACAUCUGCACAAAAUACAAAAGCUUGCUCACUAUUUUGUGACAAUCUUGGCAUUCAUGAAUAUUUCAGAUACUUAGCCAAUUGCUUACACUGACCAUAGAUGGAGGUGGUCCAGCAGCCAGCCACAUGCCCUUGAGGCCAUAAGUGGGGCAUGGGAUGCUAAGUAUCUCCUCAUGUUCAUCCAUCUACUUUGUCUACAGUCAAAGCCAGCUUGUGUACUCAGCUGCCCCUGUGAAUAACAGGAUUAUUUUAACAUUCUCCUCUCCCACAGCAGCUUUCUGCCACCAUUUACACAAAUCAGUACAUGAACUGGAGCAUUUCUUACAUGAUCCUGUUUAGUGCUGAAUAAUUUAGUACUGAAGUUCUUGAAGGAGCACUAGUUUUGAAAGAGCUGCCAGUAGUGGAAUAUUUUUGCCUACUUUCCUACAUCUAUUGAUAAAAAAGUAAGGUGAAAGGAAACAUUUUCACCAAUUAAGAGUUAUCAUACUUCUACUUAUGAAUUUAUGGUAGAAUAAUGAUUGCAGCUUCCUACUGGGAAGAUGCUGAACCACACAAUAUUAAUGAUAGUUCAGAUGACCAGUGGCAGUGUCACUUGACUCACUACUACUUCCUGUUCCUUAAAAAAAAAGUUUCUCAGUGUAUUUACAGUAAUGUACUCAAGACCAUGUUUCCACUUUCUCAUGUCAGUCAUGGCAUCCCCAAACUACAGCCCUGUUUACGUCAUAAAUUAGUGUGACUAAGCAGGAAGCAAGCACAUGCAAACCAGCACUGUGUGAUUCACACCACAAUGUUGGAAAGGAGGGGAGUAGUUAGGUGCAAUCCAGCAGGUAUGAGAAACCUCUUUACAAAUGUAGGGCAAGCUUCACCUACCUCUGUGAAUGGGGAACCUUCACCCCAAAAACCCACAUUCACUCAAGUGCAGGAGACACAUGCCAGUAGUAGAGAUCAGCAGUAAAAUAGUCACAGCAAUAGAUGGGACUCUUAAUUUUGUAGAGUAGAUUAUAUUCUUCAGAUUCACACACAGCUAGACAAUAAGCAGCAUCAGCACAAUUCAGUGAUACCUUCCAAACAGGCAAAAGCUGAGCAGGGCCAGUGAACAAUGGUCUAGGCCAGCGUUUCCCAAACUUGGGUCUCCAACUGGUUUUGGACUGCAACUCCCAUCAUCCCUAGCUUGCAGGACCAGUGGUCAGGGAUGGGAUCUGUAGUCCAAAAACAGCUGGAGACCCAAGGUCUCAUUGAAAAAGGAGGAGCUCUAGUUCUCCUAAAUUAAGAGGUGCAACUAUUACCAAUAGUGGCCCUUCAGCAAGUAAAACAGGCAAGACAGAACUUUCUUAUUAGGACUUAAGAUGCAAUGCACAGGUUUUAUAUUGGGAGCCAGGGGUCUUCUACAUGCGCAGCAGACAAUUGGUCUCCUUUCAAUGGGUACUCUCUUGUUUAUCCAUAAACAGCUCCUCACCCGCAACCAAGACCAGAAGAAGCUGUGGUGCUCACACCAGGACCCAAAUGCACAACCCUUAGAAAAGAGUCUUAAAAUAUCCACAAAGCAUGUUUGUCCAAGCUCCUAGCUAGUGCAAGUAAACAAAAGAUGCCAAAUGUAAUCAUAAAAUAGGCUUUUAUUCCAUAAAUCAGUGUUUAAAGUAUCUGUUCAUCUUGAGACAUUCUGUCAGUGCUUGGAUACAAUGAAAGUUCUCUGCUUAACGAAGAUGACUCGGAACAGAUUAUAAGCAGUCGGUACAAAUGUACUGAAUCCCACAAGCAAGAUAGCUGAUGUUUCAUCAUGGUUCCAGCCAUACACACAAGCUCACACAGUUCUGUGCCUUGGGAAGAAUUUUCUGCAGGGAUCUGUAUGUUCACGGUCAGAAUUCUGUUGAAGGAAAAGAUUAAAAUGACACAAACAUACAAAUAUUGGGGAAAGCUAUAUGUUCUCAUCCAAGGGGAAGAGGCAAAAGUGUUUUGAAGAUACUGUGUCCAACUGAUAGAUAAAAUAAAAUCUGCCACCUUUAGAGAGAGAGAAAUCAAAAGUGUACAUAGCUAACACCAUACAAUUAAAGGAAUUAUUUGCACAUAAUAGAAUGCAUAAGCUGAGAAUACAGAAAAGAGUUACUGAGCUUCGGUGGGAGCCAAAAGUAAACAUUUGCUUCUGCAAUACACCAUUACUAUUUGUAAUCUUAACAUGAGUUAGAAAGAAUAAAGGCUAUAUUGACUUGUAACAUCAAAGU